AACAAUAAUAACAAUAGAAUGGAAAUAUUUAGUGUAGUUUCAAACCUUUUGUUUUUGAACAUGUUCAGCUUUAUAAAAGUCGGCUUUUUAGCCGAGAUUUGAAGCACAAUCUAGUAGCGUCCAUUAAAUUUAGCUGAGACUUUAUCUGUAAUUUACCAAUCCUCAUUUAACAAAAUUGCGUCAUUUGAGAAUGUUAUUUUAUUUCUCCACUAAUAUCUUUACAUGACUUAUCAUGAAUAUGAAAAGUGUAAUAUAGUGUAGCUCAAGAGACUCUGGUUCCAGAUGGGAGCUUAAGAAAUAAAUAAAAAGCCAAGCAUCUGACAGGUAUGACAUGUCUGACAGGUAAACAAUGCGAUGACGACUGAGAACAAAAACAAAGGGAGAUGGGGCAAGACUGAAAGAGUGGGACAACUGUGAACAAUCAAGAGCAACAUAAAAGAAGGACAAGCUGAUGUGUGGAUACAUUUUACAGACGUUGAAUAUCGUCUAGUGAUUGGUGAUUAAUAAAUAUGUAUGCAUAAACUAAACUAAACGGUCAAAAACAUCGAUUAAUCUUGUAAGACAGAAGAGGUAGAUAAUAACGCUAAUCCGUUCUUAGAAGACACUAAUUUUGGCUUAGUCUUCAAUAUCACAUCUGAUCAACAAUGAAUUACAGCUCGCUGGUUGUAUUCGAUUUCGACCGCACCAUCUGCGAGGACAACUCCGACACGGUAGCACGAAAGUUACUACCUGAGGAGAAGAUACCGCAAGAAGUGAGGAAUUUGUAUCAGUCAAAUGGCUGGCUCACUUAUAUGAAUAGAAUCUUCAAGCUCCUGCACGACAAUUCCAUCGAUGGCAAGCAGAUCAAGAAUGCGAUCGUUGCUAUUCCAGCGGUCGCGGGUAUGGAGACACUCCUCACCACUCUACACGCCAACGGCCACGAGAUCAUCAUCAUCAGCGACUCGAACUCCUUGUUUAUAAAUUGGUGGCUGCAGAGCAAGAAGCUCGAGCACACUGUGUCGAGGGUCUUCACAAAUCCGGCCCAGUUCGACGAGGACGGCCGAUUGAAGGUGGAUAUGUAUCACAUGCAACGUAGUUGCGACCUGAGCAGCAUGAACCUGUGCAAGGGGAAGAUAUUAAUGGAUUUUAUCAGCGAGAAACAUGCACAGGACGUAUACUAUGACAGAAUAGUUUACAUCGGCGACGGCAAGAAUGAUCUAUGCCCUAUCCUGCGUCUCUCGGAGGCCGAUUUGGCGUGUCCGCGUAAGGACUACAUGCUCAUCAAGUGUUUGGCUAAAUUACCCCACAACAUGCACCCAGUCGCGACCAUUAUGGCAUGGAAGGAUGGCACGGAUUUGUUGCAAAGUUUGGAGGAGGCUCUGAGAGUUGUGAAGAAAUAAUUUCACGUCGGAGACGUGAUCGUUAUUUCUCGUUGAAUAACCUACGGUGCGGGAACCAGCUCGCGUUAUGUUUAUCGCGCUAAUUAACUAGAGUCGAGCUUAUUAAACGUUAUAAGAUACGCGACUAAUUGCAUCCGCUUUCUUAAUUUUCUAUUUGCGCCGUCGUAUAACCUGAUGACUCGCUCGAAUACCCUUAUCGGUUACGUUAUUGAGAAAGAUAUUGUUGAAUAAUGAGUCUCUCUCUCUCUCUCUCUUUCUCUCUCCCUCUCUCUCUCCCUCCCUCUCUCUC